ACAAGUGUGUAUGACCCGGCAAGACCUUGAAAAGAAAAGAAAAGACUGAAUAGUCGUUAAAAACAGUGAGGCUUUAGUAAGAUAUCUUCAGCUGUCUGUUUGUCCUCAAGAGGAAAUCAUCUCUUAUCCAACAUGAAGUAUCUUGUCCUGGGGCUGUUUUCGCUGGCUCUGCUGGGAUUCGUCUGUGUGCAGUCAUCCAACACACCUCCAACACAGGGAAUCACAUCGAUGCCAUACAGUGGCACCACCAAUACAACCGGGCCAUACAAUAACACCGCCACAGGCUCCAACCCCACAGGCUCCAACCCCACUGGCUCCAACCCCACUGGCUCCAACCCCACAGGCUCCAACCCCACAGGCUCCAACUCCACAGGCUCCAACCCCACCGACUCCAACCCCACCGGCUCCAACCCCACCGGCUCCAGCUCCACAGGAUCCAAACCCACAGACAGCAAACCAACAGGAAACAAACCCAGCAGUAGCCAGAGGCCAACGGCCACCCCCACUAGUGUAACCAAACCUGGCAAGACUACAAAGAACGGACAGAGCCACAUCUUCACCUCUGUCAGUCUGCUGCUUGGAUCAUUUAUUCUUCAUGCACUUUGGCAAUGAGCGCCCUCUGCAGGCACAGAGCUGGAGUGAGUCUGACAUUACUGUUAGAAUAUUUCCUACAGAGGAAACAUUUUCAGCUGUGUGUGUGUUAAACAAAACUGAUAUUGAUAAAUAAUUAGUGAGCCACAGAGACCGAGCCAACUUAUUGAUCACCUAACAAAUUUGACAGAUCCUGAAUCAGAUCCUGCACUGAUAUGAGAGGAAAAAGCAGAUACCUUUAAACCAUUUUGAGUUUCAGCAUGUUUGUUUGCAUUUUAAUAGAUCGCUGCUGCCUGAGCUGUAUUUUAGGCUGGCAUAUCCUAAAUCAUAUUUACACUUUGUACAUACUGUAGGCCUAUUUAUUGUCCUGUGUGAAAAUGUUUAUUUAAUCAAAUAUACUAUAAAUAUGAUAUGCAUAAAUUGUCAUAGACUCGUCACACUAUUAUAGUUGUGUUAACCUUUGAAGCAACUGGUUUGUUUUCUGUAUGUGUGUGUUAGUUAGUAAUUAUUGUACAUUAGUAUAAGUAAUUGCUUAUUCUGAAUGUGUCCAAAAUUUUAACAUUGAA